UCUUGUUUGGGUGAGAAAGCGUAAAAGUGACCCAGCCCCUCGUCCGACGUGUUAUAUGUCGUUGCUCUGCUGUAGUCAGAUGAGUUUGCUUUAGACUUGAGGAUGGAGAGCUACACGCAGUUUCUCAUUUUCUUCAUUCUGGCGUUGGCGGUCGGUUUUGUGUCGAUCGCGUUCGUUUUAACGUGGGUUUUACAUUACAAAGAGGGGCUCGGCUGGGACGGAGGAGAGGCUGAGUUUAACUGGCACCCGUUGUUAAUGGUGAUCGGGUUUAUUUUUCUUCAAGGAAUCGCAAUUUUAGUGUACAGGCUGCCAUGGACCUGGAGGUGCAGCAAGCAGAUGAUGAAGCUUAUCCACGCAGGGCUGCACAUUCUCGCCUUCAUCUUGGCUGUCAUUUCUGUGGUGGCUGUGUUUGAUUUCCACAAUGCAAAAAACAUUCCCAAUAUGUACAGUCUGCACAGCUGGAUUGGUCUGGCUGCUGUCAUACUCUACCCAGCCCAGAUAGUUAUGGGCAUUGCCGUCUAUCUGAUACCUGCAACUCCAGUGUACGUGCGUGCAGCUCUUAUGCCUGUGCACAUCUACAGCGGCCUGUUCGUCUUCACCAGUGUAAUAGCCACAGCUCUCAUGGGCAUCACAGAGAAACUCAUAUUUGGCCUGAAGAACCCUGGUUAUAAAGACUCUCCACCAGAAGCUGUUUUGGUAAAUGUUCUUGGGCUGCUCAUUGCUGCAUUUGGUGGCCUUGGUCUCUGGAUUGCUACUCGCCCCUCUUGGAAGAGGCCAAGAGAAGAAAUUGCACAAACUGUGAGCAAUAACAGCACAAGCCCAGAGGACAUCAAAGUGGGUACCGUCAUGACUACAAGAACUGACCAAGAAUCCAGCCUUGAGACACGUAGACGCAACGGAAAAGCAGAAGAGUCUGGAUAAACAAAGAGUUUGAAAAAAAUAGUGGGUUUUAGUUCAGAAGAACAGCAUUUUUCCAAACAAUUUGUUUGAUAUGUUGAAAGUUAUUCAGAAAAACUUCACACUACGUAUUACUUUAAUAUCAAUGCUAAAAUCUCUGCUGUUGUGGAAGGGGAUUUUAAACUGACAGCUGUCUUUGCGCUGUAUUAUCUCUCAGAAUAUAUAGAUGUGUGUACUGUCCCUUUCUGCUGCUUUUAAAGAUUUGUCUUUUUUAGAUAUGUUAAA